CGGCCCGGCCCGGCCCGCACCAUGGCCAAGCACCACCGCACGCCCGCGCGCUCCGCCGAGCCCGUCAUCGAGGUCAAGAGCAAGUUCGAUGCUGAAUUCCGCCGCUUCGCCAUGAAGCGCUCCGGCGCGGGCAGCUUCCAGGACUUCUACCGGCUGCUGCAGACGGUGCACCAGAUCCCACGGGUGGAUGUGCUCCUGGGCUACACAGACAUCCACGGAGACCUCCUGCCCAUCAACAACGACGACAACUACCACAAAGCCCUGUCCUCUGCCAACCCCCUCCUCAGGGUCAUCAUCCAGAAGAAGGCAGAGUCCGACGCCAGCGUCUUCGCCUCCAACUCCCUGCAGCGGAAGAAGAAGGGGCUGCUGCGCCCCGCGCACUACCGGGCCAAGCCUCACCUCCUCAUCGGGAUGCCCCAGGACUUCCGCCAGAUCUCCUCCAUCAUCGACGUGGACAUCCUGCCCGAGACCCACCGCCGCGUGCGGCUGCACAAGCACGGCUCCGACAAGCCGCUGGGCUUCUACAUCCGCGACGGCGUCAGCGUGCGCGUGGCCCCGCAGGGCGUCGAGAAGGUGCCCGGCAUCUUCAUCUCCCGCCUGGUGAAGGGCGGCCUGGCCGAGAGCACGGGGCUGCUGGCGGUGAGCGACGAGAUCCUGGAGGUGAACGGCAUCGACGUCGCCGGCAAGUCCCUGGACCAAGUGACGGACAUGAUGGUGGCCAACAGCCACAACCUCAUCAUCACCGUCAAGCCGGCCAACCAGCGCAACAACGUCAUCCGCAGCAGCAAGGCCUCGGGCAGCUCCGGCAUGUCCACGGACAGCACCCCCAGCCAGCAGACCCCCAGCCCGGCCUCGCAGUACCUGAGCAACUACAGCACGGCCGAGAGCGACGAGGAGGGCGACCUGGUCAUCGAGAGCGACAGCGCCUCCCACUACACCCCCGGGGGCUGCCCCAACGGGGGCCCCGCCGACGGACCCCUCCAGCGCAGCCUGUCCCCGCACAGCUCGCGGGGCUCCCUGCAGUCCCUGGGCAGCCACGACGGCAGCCCCGGCCGGGGCAGCGGGCGGGAGGACGGCACCCUCCUCACCCUAUAGCCGUGGGGUCCCUGUGCCACUCGGCAGCUGUCCGGGUUUCCGCUCACCCCGGCUGGAUGUGGACACCAGGGUGAUGACGCGGCGGGCAGGGGUGGAGCGGGGCUGCCCCACUGCCCUCUCCCACCACCCGUGCGUCCCUGCGAGCCCUGCUGCGGCGCCUGCUCAUGCCGGGCACUGCCCCUCCGAGCCCCCUUGCCUCCCCUUCCAAGCAAGCGGGGAUUUUUAAUUGUUUUCUCGAAAUAUGCAUCAUCAAUUAAUAUAUUGCAAUGGACAGUAAAACCUUUUCUAGAAAGCA